AUAGUGGGACUGUGGUGGUGUGGUGGGCAAUCUAACACUGGCAUUGGUUGGGAGGUAGACAGACUGACUAACACUGAAUUCACCAGUGACACUAAUACAGUGAUCAGUACUAUACACUGGCACUGUAAUAAUUAUGCUGACUGGGAAGGGGUUAACAUCUCAGGGUAAUCAAGGGGUUAAGUGUGUGCCUAACAAGUGUUAAUGUGUGUGAUUACUCGCCGGCACUCGGUGAUCACUGAGUAAUACCGACGGGGGGAGAGAACUGUAUGUAAACAACAUAGUUCUCUCCCCUGUCAGCUCCUGCACACUGUUUUGUAUAGCU